AUGGACAGUUCUAAAUCUCCCCAACCAUUGAAGAAGAGCCGUACUAGUUUGUCUGGUACGGAUGGCCACCAAUUUGAGAAUGACGAGCUUCAGUCUGAAACUGCAUCAGAUAAAACACCUGGUUUGAAGUUUGAAACAGUAGAUAAAGCGCAAGAUGAAUUUGGAGAAGACAGUUCCCCAUUGCAGCAAUCAGCUGCUUCCAAUGUGGCAUACCGUGGAUCGCCAUGUAUUGGGGCAUUCACUAUCCAAUGUGCUAGGUGCUUCAAAUGGAGACUCAUUCCAACGAAAGAGAAGUAUGAAGAAAUACGCGAGCAUAUUAUACAGGAACCUUUUGACUGCGAAAGAGCCCGUGAAUGGAAACCUGAUGUAACAUGCGAUGAUCAAGAAGAUAUUUCUCAGGAUGGAAGCAGACUCUGGGCUAUCGACAAACCCAAUAUUGCACAGCCUCCUGCUGGAUGGGAAAGGCAGAUUAGAAUAAGAGGUGAAGGAGGCACCAAAUUUGCUGAUGUUAUCUGUAAUUACCGUAAUGCUCUGUAUCUUGGUUUCAGGUACUACACUUCUCCUACUGCGAGGAAACUGAGGUCACUGGUUGAAGUUGAUCGGUACCUCCAAGAAAAUCCAGAGUAUGGUGCGCAGGGUGUAACAUUAGCUCAGUUUUCCUUCCAGAUUCCUAGACCUCUGCGGCAGAACUAUGUCAAAAAGCGCCCUAAGAACGCAAGUCCAAGUGAUGAAGCAACAACUAAGCCUCUUCAACCAGUGGAAGUUAACCCCAUAUCCUGGGCUGCCCCUCUUGCAAGUGAGGCUAAGGCAAGUGGACCAGCUUCUCAUGCCGACGAAAAGCCAGUUGGAUCAGCAGAUGUGGAGCUGGUCCGGAAGAGGAAAGCAGAAGGCUCUGAGCCAGGAGAGGCAGAUGCUAACAACCAUGUGUCUGAUGCGCCGGAAACCAAGCUAGAGGAUGCUCAGAAUGGAGAUGCUACCACCACUGCCUGA